UGCAGCUGCAUGCACAUGCGCAUUUGCAGUUUUAACAACUGCACCAAGCAAUCAUGGCGGCGGCCGUCGAUAGUGUUGUGAAAGUGCUCGGUGAGCAGUACUAUAAGGACGCUAUGGAGCAGUGCCAUAGCUACAACGCCCGUCUAUGCGCAGAGAGAAGCAUCCUAAUGCCCUUCCUGGACUCGCAGACCGGUGUUGCCCAAAGCAACUGCUACAUCUGGAUGGAGAAGAGGCAUCGGAGUGCAGGUGUGGCUCCGGGGCAGCUGUACACCUACCCAGCUCGCCGCUGGAGGAAGAAGCGACGGGCCCACCCCCCGGAGGACCCCCGCCUGGCCUUCCCCCCCCUGAAGUCGGCGGAGCUGGAGCUGGGGCUGAAGCGAGACGCCCUGGGGGCGAUGGAUGGCAGCAGCCUGGAGGCCCUGCUUAAGGGGGAGCCCCUGGAGAGGAGGGGCCAGUCGGAUUCCCGCACCGUAGAGGAUGAUGUGGCCACGCCCGAACCGGUGGCCGCCACCGCCUCCAGCCACACCUCCUCUGGACGCAUCCGCAAAAGAGUACUGGACCAUGACGACUACCUGGAUGAUUUGGACGAUGAAGACUUUGAGGACGAGACGCCCAAGAGACGAGGAAAGGGCAAGUCCAAGGGUCGUGGAGUGGGGAACGGUAAGAAGAAGAUGGAAGCGGCAGCAGCGGCAAUGGAGGAGCGGGACAAACCUUACGCCUGCGACAUCUGUGGGAAGCGCUACAAGAACCGCCCUGGCCUGAGCUACCACUACACACACUCCCACCUGGCGGAGGAGGAGGGCGAAGACCGCGAAGAGAUCGAAGCUCCGCCCACUCCCCGUCAGCCAGAGGAACAUAAGACCCCUAAGAAAGGACCCAACGGUCUGGCCCUGCCAAACGACUACUGCGACUUCUGCCUGGGUGACUCCACUCUCAACCAGAAGACCGGCCAGUCUGAGGAGCUCGUGUCCUGCUCCGACUGCGGACGCUCCGGUCACCCCACCUGUCUGCAGUUCACGGCGGUGAUGAUGGCCGCCGUCAAGACCUACCGCUGGCAGUGCAUCGAGUGCAAGUGCUGCAACGUGUGCGGGACGUCCGAGAACGACGACCAGCUGCUGUUCUGUGAUGACUGUGAUCGAGGAUACCACAUGUACUGCCUCAGUCCCCCCAUGACCGAACCCCCUGAAGGAAGUUGGAGUUGUCACCUCUGCCUGGCUCUUCUGAAGGACAAGGCGUCCAUAUACCAGCAGAGCCAGAGCUCUACCUCCGAGUGACCAUUGCUAGGAGACAAGCCUUGCCCUCAACCAUCGCCCCACCUCACUCUCCUCUCACAUACCACCAACCUCACCGCAGAACCCCCAACAGUCGCCAACGAGCCUGGGGAGUGAGUGGGGUGACCAACACCUCAGAGGGGUCCAGACCACAGAAGGGAUCAGCUCUUACCGUCCCUUCCCUAACCCCCAAUUCCGCUCCCUGGGGAAGGGUACCCAACAGUGACUGAUGUAUGAACAGAGUCCAGCAUCAUUCACUAACACUUGACCUCCCCACUCUUCUCUUAGCUAGCCCACCUGGACUAGUACACACCACAGUAACCAUAGUAACCACUGUCUCCAUGGAGUUCACGUUAGCAAAUGGAUUAGCAUAGCAGCUAAUUAUUUUCCAUUCCCUACACUCAUACACACACCCAUAUAUAUAACACAUGUAUGGUGUGGACUGCUAAGACAGGCAAUGUGUUUGAUUUGUUGCCAAAUUAUCUAUUUUUAAUUUGUCAGAAGAAAAAAAAUCCAUGCCUUUGGGUUUCGAUAUAUAUAUAUGAUCCAAGUCGUGGAGGGAUUGGUUAUGUUUAGUGGACUUUUUGUAGUGACGUUUGUCUGUGUACUUCUCUCUCUCUGAUAUUUUAGAACCUUUUUUUCUUUUUUUCCUCUUGUGAGGUUUCCUUCAAGAGCCUUUCUGGUGCCAAGGUCCAUAGACAUAGAAGACAACGCUAUUGUGACUGAACCCUCCUCCCAAAAUUUAAACCUGGUCCAAUUUUUUUACUGUAUCAGUUUCUAGCUGUCACCUCCAUGGAAACCCGUAGGUGUCUUCAUGUCUGUGCCACAACGUGGCAUUACUGCAUGCUAAUUGCACCUUGUACUUGAGUACAAAUGCACACAGACACACAUGAUUCUUUGAACUUUUUUUUUUUUUUUUUUUUUUUUUUUUUACAUUUUGUAUCCAGUACAUCACUUGAUAUUCCAUUCGGGUUUGGGAUUUUUUGUAGUUGGAUUUUGUAAAAUAUAUAGUUAACAUCACGGGGAAAACAAAAGCAUAGCUACUAACAAUGUCUGUACUGUUUUUUUUUUCUUCUAUUUGUUUCAGCAUCUAUGCUUUUAUUUUGUGAUAUGUUCAAAUGUUAAUGAUUUCCAUAAUAUUGCUAUUUGUUAUGGUAAAAUAAUGUAAUUGUGUAUUUUUUGUUGUUGUUUGUUUUUUUUUACGUUUCUUUGGUAUUGAACAUGCUUUUGCUCUAAUAAAAAGUCCAUGUAUUCA